CGAGGCUCCACGGCCUGCGGCGAAUAGGAGCGGAGCGGAGGCGGCGCCUUGUGCUCGGCGGGAAAAUGGCGGUGGCUGCUGCUGCUGCGCUUUUCCGGCGCUUGAAGGUAUUCCGGGAGCGUCCUCGGGGCAGAGGCCUCGCCAAGCCGAGAGCGAGGCGGCGGCGGCGGCGGGCGGAGCCUCCCUCUUAAGUGCGGGGAUGGGCCUCGCGGGACGCAUUAAGACCCCCAGAUCCAGAUUAGUGUUUCUGCGAAGAGGCUGAGCAACGCCCAGUGACUGGCCCUCAGCGCAGGGGUCUUCCGUUAUCGCAGAACUUGGAGACACAAAUAAGCCGGCUGGCUGCAAAACGAGAUGGUAACCGUCUCGUGAGCACAGGAGGACACGCGUAAGCCAUGCCAGCAAAGGCCUCGAAUGCGGACCUUGGGCUGAGGAAUUUGGUGCUGAAGGAUCCUGACAUCUUCCUAUGCAAGGUUGAUGUCUGGGAACUUGUUUGAUGCAUUACUGUAUUUUGUCAGACCGCCCCCAGAGGGUUCAGUUGGGCCCCUAUACCUCUAAUAUGCUCAAGACUAACAUAGGAACACCACAGGGAUGCGUACUCAGUCCGCUCCUUUAUAUUCUCUACACGUACGAUUGUGUCGCUACUCACCCUAGUAAUAGGGUUGUCAAAUUUGCAGAUGACACAACCGUGAUUGGGCUCAUCUCUGAAAGGGAGGGUGAAACGGAUUAUAGAGAUGAGGUGGAGCGGCUGACAGAGUGGUGCAGAGCUAACAACUUGCUCAUAAAUACAAGGAAGACAAAGGAGCUUGUGGUGGACUUCAGCAGACAGAAGAGCAACGUCCAGCCACUUUUGAUUGAUGGGGUCUGUGUGGAGAGGGUAACAACGUUCAGAUUUUUGGGCAUUGAAUUACAAGAGGAUCUGUCCUGGAGUGUCAACACAAGGGGGCUUGUGAAGAAGGCGCAGCAGAGACUGUACUUUUGAGAAUACUAAGGAAAAACCAUCUUCCGCAGAAACUGCUGCUUGCCUUCUAUCACUGUGCCAUUGAGAGCGUGCUCACUUAUGGCUUAUGUGUGUGGUACGGAAGCUGUACUACCCAGGACAGGAUGGGGUUGUGCAGGGUUGUUAAGGCUGCAGAGAGCAUUGUUGGCUGCCCACUCUCCACCUUAGAGCAGAUUUAUGCCACAAGGUGCCAUAGGAAGGCACUGGACAUAGUAAAAGAUCCAUCGCAUCCUGGUCACUGUCUCUUUGAGCUCUUGCCGUCGGGACGGAGAUACAGGACGAUGAAGACAAGAACGAGCCGUCUUAAGAACAGCUUCUUCUCCAGAGCGAUCUCGGCCCUGAAUGGGAAGCCCGGACUUUGAAAGUCAUCUAAUCUCCCUUGCUGUAUUAUACUGUAUUGAUUAAUUAGUGUUUUUAUGGAGCAGUCAAGUAAUUUCGUUGUCCCCGAAGGGGGCAAUGACAAUAAAGAUAAUAUUAUUAUUAUUAUUAAUAAUAUUUGGUUGGAAGCCGCCCAGAGUGGCUGGGGAAGCCCAGCCAGAUGGGUGGGGUAUAAAAAAUAAAUUAUUAGUAGUAGUAUUAUUAGUAUUUCUGCAAAGUGGGUGAGCAAUGCCCAGUGAUACUGGCUGAGCAGGACUGGCCCUGAGCGCAGGUGUCUUCGGUUCUGUUGGGCUCUGGCUUACCGCAUAACUGGAGACACAAAUAAGCCGACUGGCUGCAAAAGGAGAUUGUAACCAUCUCGUGAGCACAGGAGGACACGUGUAAGCCAUGCCAGCAAAGGCCUUGAAUGCAGACCUUGGGCAGAGGAAUUUGGUGCUGAAGGAUCCUGACAUCUUCCCACCUUUUAUGCAAGGUUGAUGUCUGGGAAUUUGAUUCUGGCAAACAAGACCUCCUGUCUGCUAUGCUUGGUUGAUACAAGACUGACUUUGGUAACAUGCACGAGAUUCUUUGAACGCUUGCAAUCCUGUAUGUUUCCUGAGUAUUAUCACUUGGAGUUUAAAAUCGUUUCUUUCUUCAGUGAGUGCAUAUGAAGGUGGGGAAAUGAGCACUGCACGGCUGAAAGAGACUUGUAGGGUGUUGCAGAAUGUGAGUGGAGUGUACCUGUCCCUGUUUGCCCUCUUACAGGAACUGGGCUGCCCUGCACUAGAUGGUGUCUACCUGUCAGAGGCUAAAGACAUACAGAAGUUGCUAUGCGCUCCCUCCCCGCAUCGCCUGGACAUACUGGAAUGGAUUUGCGGCAGGUGACGGCCAUCACCGUUCGAUCCUUAUUCCUUUAGUAUUUGCCACUCUCUUCCUACUUUUAGACCAGUGAUUCUCAAACAUUUUCUCUGGGCCACACUUUCAGAAUAAAAAUUUGCUUACACCACACUGAAUUUGUUAUUGAUAAGAAAUGCAUUGGCAAACAAAAAGAAACAACUCCUAGCACUAGUUGAUUUAUAUUAUAGAACACAACUACUUUAUUAUAUGACCAUAGGCCGUUCAGAAAAUAUAAAACAAUUAUUUUGAUUCUAUACUACACUGAAAUAUUUAAAUGUUUCUUUGAUUGUCCUUGAACCUACCUGUCACACUUUGCAUCCUCUCCUGCCACACCCUAUGAGAAGCAUUGUGCUAGGACAGCUUCCCUGAGCAAUGCUUGGCUCCUAAUGGGAAUCUGUAGCUUGAAGCAAACAAAGCUUUUGUUCUUCAUUUACUUAUCUAAGACCACUUUUGCAGCUAGGCCAAAGUCCAAGGUCUGACAGCCCAGCACCCCCAAAAUGACUACACAGAGAGCAGCAGUUAGCGAGGGCAGCCCUGAACAGGCUUGGCAUCGGCUGGGCUCACUGGGGCUGAUGACUAGUCAGCCAUUCUUGUUUUUUAAGACCUCUUAUAGGUGGAGGACAGACAUGUACAUGGUUACAGGUACACCUUUUAUUUUUGCAUUAAAAUAUACAAUGUUCUCUAUUUCUACUACAAAACGGUGUUUAGCAUGAGUUAGCAGAAUUGUGAUAGUACUGUGAUUGUGAUAGUACCAUGAACUGAGUGAGUUUUAAUGCACUAUACAAUACUAUUCUGUACUGUCAGCUGUAAGGAGCAGGUCAGCAAUAAAACACCUGGUGUUCAUAGUCAACUCUUUAUUCAAAGAAACCAAAACAGCUCAGGCCUAGUGAUCAGAGCCACUCUUCUCUAUAGGUCUUGCCCCAAUGAGGCAGUUGCGAGGACUGAAGUUCUUUGCCUUCCCACUGCUCUCUGCCUCCUCCCCCAGCAACCUGAAACUCCUCCAUCUUGUCUCUCUUUGCUUUGCCUCUUCCUUCCUCUUUGUGUUCUGGGAGACCAGGGGGAGGAGAGCUGGUCACAGCAGGAGGGGCAGACCCCCUGGCUUCUUCAGCAGCCUGCCUCCACUUUGCUUCUUGACCUGCCUCUGCUUCUGGACUGCUCUCUGCCACAGCCUCUUCCUGCUCACUAAACCGUGUUGCCUCUUCAGCUCCCGACACCACCUCCUAGUCUUCUCCCUCCGACCCCUCAUCGUCAUCCCACCACCAGUCCCCUGGCUCUGAGCCUUCUUCCCAUGGGGGUUCCCAAGCUGGUGCCCCCCACCACUCCUCUGCUUCCAGCCAGUCCAUGACAUAUACUAUAUACUAUACUUGCCAAGCAACAACUUACCAGCCACAAGCUGCUGUGCAGCACAGUAACAGCCGCUUUUCUAGGGAAAUGGAUCUCUGAGCAACCUGGGAAUUUUGUGUAGUUGCUCUUGUCUCUUUACUGUUGACACUUUUUUCCAUACUGUGUACCAUUCUACUUUUCCUGUCGUUAUGAUUAUCCACCAACCCCCAUCAAAUUGUGAGCAGGACCAGGUUUACAUACAGUUUUUUUGUUAUGAAGGCACUUUAGAAAAUCAUCAUUAUCGCCUCUGUCAGUACUGAUCUGAUUCUGAAAGAAUCUUAGAAUCAGAGAAUUGUAGAGUUGGAAGGGUCCCUUGAGGGUCAUCUAGUCCAACCCUCUGCAAUGCAGGAAUCUUAACUAAAACAUUCCUGACCGAUUGUCAUCUAAUCUCUGCUUUAAACCCUCUAAGGAAGGAGAGGCCACCACCUUCUGAGGAAGCCUCUUCCACUGUCAAACAGCCUUUACAGCCAGAAAGUUCUUCCUUGUGUUUAGUCAGAAUCUCCUCUUUAUUCUAUAUAGUUCUGUACUUUUUGCUUUCUCAGUCUUAGUCAGUAGUAGUAGUAGUAGUUUUUAACUGCCCAUCUCUCAAUAAUUAGUUAAUUUGUUAUUAGUAGAGGGCUGGAGUAAUUUGUCUGGCUUCUCGAGACCAACUGCAGCUGUAUUGCUGAAUCCAAAUUUGGAGCAGGUCUGUGUCCCUUCUGCAGCUCAUCAACAAUGUUGCAGCAAGACUGUGGCCCUCACUUUGUUUUGUUCUUCCUUGCAGUGUGUCUCCAGCCCACCGAAAGCAGUUGCCAUCUCUUGGAGAAUCGCAGUCGGAUUUGAAGAUAAAAGGUACAUGUUGUGCUUUUGUUGGAAGGACAAGCAUGUAAUAAUUGUCAGUCAAAGGGAUUUGUUGGAACCGUAUUGAAAUGUGUUUGCCUUUGUGUGUGGGCAUGUAUGUGUUCAGAGGACCUGCACGUUACAGGGAGCCUGAUGGGGGAAGAGGUGAGGGAGAGUUGCAAUGCAUCACUGUGCUUUGUAUGCAGGCACAAAUUGUAUUUGCCUAUAAUAAUAAUUAUUAUUAUUGUUUAUUAUUUGUACCUGCCCAUCUGGCUGAGUUUCCCCAGCCACUCUGGGCGGCUUUCAACGAAGAUUAAAAAUACAUUAAAAUGUCACACAUUAAAAACUUCCCUUCAGGUGUCUUCUAAAUGUCAGGUAGUUGUUUAUCUCUUUGACAUCUGAUGGGAGGGCAUUCCACAGGGCGGGCGCCACUACUGAGAAGGCCCUCUGCCUGGUCCCCUGUAGCUUUGCUUCUCGCAGUGAGGGAACCGCCAGAAGGCCCUCGGUGCUGGACCUCGGCGUCCGGGCAGAACAAUGGGGGUGGAGACGCUCCUUCAGGUAUACUGGGCCGAGGCCGUUUAGGGCUUUAAAGGUCAGCACCAACACUUUGAAUUGUGCUCGGAAAUGUGCUGGGAGCCACCAAUGUAGGUCUUUCAAGUGUUAUGUGGUCUUGGCGGCCGCCCCCAGUCACCAGUUUAGCUGCCUAUAAUCUCCUUGGGUUUUAUUCACAGUAGCACUGAGCAGCAUGUCCUGUUGUGCCAGCAAAAAUUGUUGCACACUAAGGUCAAGGUCAAGCAAUGUUGGGUGUGAUUGGCAGAUGUUAUUCCAACCUGUUAUUUGCCCCAUCUAAAUGCAUGGCUAAUAUUUACUCCUCUGCAAGGGGAAUAAAGUGAUAGCAUUUGCGACAGCUAUAGAAAUGGAAACUAAACCUGCUCCUGAUGACCACAGAUGGGAGCGAGGCAGCACAGCUCUUCUGUCACUUCUAUCCUAGAUUCCUGCUUGUUUAGCUUGUCCCAUAGAACUCCAUGGAAACAACUGAAAAUCAAGCCAGCCACUGUCUGUAUUGCAGACGGAGAUGAGAAGCGCAACCUCCUCCUGAGCUCUGUUUUUGGUCACACUAGAGUGUAAUGGAAUGUAGAACUAACUUUAUUUACAGAUGGCUAGAUAAAUCUGACUAGAACUGGAUUCCAUCUAGUCUUCUCAUUGGAUUAUAAGGCUAGGAGGAGGAUUUCUUAAGCUGUGGGGUUGUGAGUCUUGGAACAGUACACCCCCCAGAACUCUUAACAAGCAAAAAGAAGGUCUUGCUUAAUGCUGUGCUUUAUGUACCAGUUAAACAUACCUUCUAGGUAGGGCAGAGGAAGUGGCCUGGUACUGAGUUGAUUCUUUAAUUCACCUAGAUUAGUAUUGUCUUCACUGACUGGCUGUGACUCCCCAGAGUUUCAGACUGCGAAAAUUGCCAGCUUUGCCUGGAGAUGCUGGGGACUGAGACCUUCUACGUCUUUAGCUGUAAAUCAAAAUGCCCUAAUCUGACAACUAAUAUGCACUUCUGCUUAGGAAGAUGUACAAAUUAGAAAUUUGUGUGAAGUGAUUUCAGUUAACUGAAAUCAGUUGCUCUCUCCCUUGCAGAUUUCUAAAUCAGCCUACCUUCUCUCUCUCUCUUUCACUCACUCACACACACCAAAGUAAGCAAAUAUAAAGCAAAAUGAUGGAAGGAUGAUAGUUCCCUUGUCCUUUUAUGUAUAUAUAUAUAUUUUAAAAAUACUAUUUCACUGCCCCUCAGCACCAUCAAAUCAAUACUUGUGGGCAAGCCUGCAGCCCACUGCAAAUGUAUAGCAGAUCAGCUGCUGCGAGGCUGAAAGCUGAGCUUUCAUAUCACCUAGAAAUGCUUGGGCCUCCUUUCAGAGACUGCCUUUUCUCUCCUAGUCUCAAACUUCAUGACAUGGUGGAAGAUUCAGCCCCAUCAUUGACCUCUGCCCUUGCCACUUUUAUUUCCACCAGGUUCAUUUCUGGUAUCUGAGCCUAACAGGGAGAGAAAAUGAGUUCUGGUGAUAGAAUGGGGAAGUAAACCCACAGAUGUGGGGAGCAUCCAGGUCUCUUAACUGUCUCCUGCUGCUCUAAAAUUCACCACCAGCACCACCUGCCUCGUAUCUGACCGAACAGAUGCUUCUGCCCCUGUUGCCUAUAGCAUGAGCCUCAGAACAGUGAGCCAAAGGAGAACCAUCAUUUUCUCCACAGGAAACAAAGGAUUCAUGGAUCAACUAGCAUAGUCCUGUAAGCAUGCUGGAAUGGGGUCUGAAUGUAGACUAUGUGGUGAAGCAGUUGCAGGAAUGAUGACUUUCAUCAAAAUCCCAGUUCUUGGAGACUUCAGUCUCUGGUAUUUCCCAUUAGCUCCAGAUGUGUGAAAGGAAAACCAGAGUAGGAAUGCCAUGUUAGAUUGGCCAGUGGUCUGACCCGCGCAAGGGGACUUCAGAGUGCCCAAAGUGCUUCACAAGCUGCAUUGUGGAUGGGACUUUGGAGCUUAUUGCUGCUAGGGAAGUUGAUGGUUUCUUUAAAAAAAUAAAAAAUAAAACAGGUGCUCCAGACCAAAUUUAAAUCUAGGGGAAAGACAUUCAUAUGAGUGGCUCCAGCUAUUUACCUAAACUUCUUCUGUCCUGACAGCAAUGGCAAACUUGGGAUAUCACCUGAUGCUCUGUCGAGCCAAUGACUUGGAUCUCAUUGAGGUAAGCACUGGGGGAAUUUCUGCAAAAUGAGACUGUCUCUUCAUAGACAACUUAUUCCAUUUCUUAACUGUUCCCUCAGGAUCCCCUCCCCUUUUAAAAUUUUAAACCGCUGUCCCCUAAUUUCAAGACUCCAGCAGCUUAAUUUGCUUGCACUGAAUGUGGCGAACAGUUAUUCCCCUUCCUGAGAUCAUUUUAAACUAUUUUUGAAAGUUCAGGUUCUAGUAUGAAAAAAGACUAAGGGGGUAACAUAUCCACUUCAUCCUUUCCUCCUGGCUUUCCUUUCCUAGAGCCUUUGAAAUGUGUCUUGUUUUCAGUGACCCUCUGUAUACAAGUUGCUGAAGAUGGGGAACACAUGGUUGUGGGGGUGCCCUGCCCAUGGCAGCCUCUGGAGGCCUCUAACAGGCAACAAUUUGGUGCAAUGCUGCAGUAGAAUAAUAAGAUGGUAGAGCUGGAUGAGGGUCCUCUAGUCCAGGGAUAGGCAACCUAAGGCCCGUGGGCCGGAUGCGGCCCAAUCGCCUUCUCAAUCCGGCUCACGGACGGUCCAGGAAUCAGCGUGUUUUUACAUGAGUAGAAUGUGUCCUUUUAUCUAAAAUGCAUCUCUGGGUUAUUUGUGGGGCGUAGGAAUUCAUUAUUUUUUUCCAAAAUAUAAUCCAGCCCAUCACAUGGUCUGAGGGAUGGUGGACUGGCCCAUGGCUGGAAAAGGUUGCUGACCCCUGCUCUAGUCCAACCCCCUGCAAUGCAGGAAUCUCAGCUAAAGCACCCAUGACAGAUGGCCAGCCAACCUCUGCUUAAAAACUUCCUGUGAAAGAGAGUCCACCACCUUCCGAGGAAGUCCAUUCCAUGCAGACCCUCUGCCUGCCUGCCUGUCCCAGCAGGGCUAGUCUCCAAGUUCUUUCCUCCUUGUAGCACCUAUGCUGAAUGUCAUGCUACAGUAGAUGGGUACUCCUACUUCCUUUCUCAAAAACCAUCUUCCUGUUAAUGGUAAAGGUAAAGGUCCCCUGAAAGUUAAGUCUACAAGGAGGAAAGAACUUGGAGACUAGCCCUGCUGGGACAGGCAGGCAGACGACUCUGGGGUUGCAGUGCUCACCUCGCUUUACUGGCUGAGGGAGCCAAUGUUUGUCCGCAGACAGUUUUUCCGGGUCAUGUGGCCAGUAUGACUAAGCCGCUUCUGGCGAAACCAGAGCAGCGCACGGAAACGCUGUUUACCUUCCCGCUGGAGUGGUACCUAUUUUUCUACUUGCACUUUUUGGCGUGCUUUUGAACUGCUAGGUUGGCAGGAGCAGGGACUGAGCAACAGGAGCCCACCCCAUCAUAGAGAUUCGAACCACCAACCUUCUGAUCGGCAAGCCAAAGAGGCUCAGUGGUUUAGACCACAGUGCCACCCGUGUCCCUGUUGCUGUUAACACAGCCCAAAUGACCCCUACUUUUUGUGUUGUAUCAAUUGCAGUUUUUGUCGUUGUUAAUGCUGCCACCUCCCAAUAACUGGAGAGCUAUGUGUUUAUGUGUUGUAUUUUUACAGGGAAAGGUCUCUGCGCAGGAGCAGCUCCACUUCCUGGAACAACUAGUGGCUGUGAUUCCUGCUCAAGCACUCAGGUGAGAGAGGUUUUUCAAGCACAAAGAGGAUUGGAAUCUCCCUUGCCAAACUGAUGAAUCUGGUAACUGUUAUGCUAGCGGGAUCUAUUGGAUUGAUAGCCUUUGUGGGGUAUUUAGCUUUACUGUCAAUCUUGCUGAGCAGGAUUGAGUUAGUUGGCAAAGGGUACAGAGUUCUGUGCCUGAUAAGAUGCCAGCAGAUUCUGAAACUUGGAUUAAAUUAGCACAUUACAAGUAUGUCCUUGGCAAGUUAGUCCUGGAUAUUUUGUGGUCAAAGUUCCAACUGCUGUGGGUAUUUUGUUUUGUUUUAAUAGUGGACCAGAGAAUGAGGAAUUAAAUAUUUGAGGCAGAGUUGUAGAUGGACAGGAGCUGGGGGACUAUGGUGAGAAUCCUGGACAUAUCAUACAUACUGCCAACCCAGCAACAGCACCUCUCCCUGAUUCCUAAGGCCUUCAGCACACCACACUUCUACCAGUCUUUCUCUGUAACCAGGAGGACUAGAAGCAUUUCUAGUGCUUGGCUGUAAACACCCAGGGAUGCCUUUUGUCAGGCUUCAUAAGCAAGGGAGACAAAGAGACCACUCCACAGUGCACAGGAAUCAAUUUUGAGCUUCACGACUUGGGGGCAGCUGAAUAGGGCUGCAGGGGGAAGUGACCUGCUUUAUAUGGCACCAUAGGGUUGGAGGAGAAUAGAUGAAGGUAAGGAUUUGAUGUCUUGAGUGGUGUGGUAAGAUUAUUUCGCAAAUUAUUAGCCCUAUGGGAAGAUGAUUUUGUGGCCUAAAGCAGAGCUCAGAUGCCAGCACUGAACAGGUUGCUUCAGAUUGUUUGUAAACUUUUAAGCAGUUCCUCUGAAGAAACUGGAUCAGGUUCCCCUAAAAUGUGUUGUGAGCCAGUUUUAGGGUCUAACACGCUUUGAGGCCACUUUCUUCCCUUUGUUUCCUGUGCUCGUGCCUCCCCCUCCCUGCCUCAGUAUCACGAAGCUGCCCCAUUUUGAGCUAAGCACUGGCUGUGGUUUGUGCCAUUCAGCCUCUACUAGCCUCCUCCAGAAUUCAUGGGAGGUCCAGGUACCAAGAUGGAGCUCUGAGCCUGUUCUUCCUUUUAUUAUACCAAAGCAGCAUAUCCUUCCAAUAAUAGGGUUAAACCACAGCUUUCUUGAUUUCUUUGCUCCACUGUUCACCUUAGCAGAGCUAGGAAUAGACCAGCCUGAUUGAUGCCUGAUAAGCUGUCCUGGGAUGUGCUGCCAUUGUCACCUGUCUGUAGUUCUUACCCCUCCCCUUCCUCUUCCAGCGCAGUGGAAUCUUUCCAAGAGAUAGGUAGGAAGAAUGAGGCAUUUAUCAAGCAGGUUUUCACCAGCCCUUACCUGCAGAGUGUGCUGAACCCAGAGUGCCACCCCUGGCCUUCGGACAUCAAGGGCCUCCUGUUGAGAGAAGAUGUGCUGCAGGAAAGGUGAGCUGCUCGGUUUCUGUGCCAAUGCCUGCAUGUGGAAAAGAGCCCACAGGUUCUUACACCGUGUUUCUAAAGCUAGAAUGAGACUAGAGGCCAAACCAGAGAAAGACUUGGUUAGUAUAAGCCUGAAGUGGGGAUGGAGCCCCCAUGAGAUGAACUCCCAGGCCUCAUGGAUCCCCCAUCUCCUUCAUUCCCUAUUGCCAUAUCUCCCCUUUGGACACCAGUGGUGGAAUCAGGGAGUUGUGAUGCCCAACCUCCCUUCCUGUGUCUAUCAAGGUCCCUUCUGUCCGUGACCUCUCAUGAGGAAACCCUGCUAGAGGCAUCGAAGGAGCUGGAAGAGGUGGUGGCAGCUCUACAAGAUCUCAGGAAAGAGGUAAGCAGCCUGCAGACUGGUCUGGGUGUCUUCCAGGGAGCAGGGUUGAGUGAAGAAGGGGUUGCUGCUUACCCAGUCACCUGGAACAGCUGGCCCAGCUGUAAGGUGCAUCAGUGCUGUCGGUGGCCCCCUAUGUUCUGAUGGUUCAUGGUGGGAUGUUGGGAGGCUGGCCUUAGAGUCUGAAAUUCUCUGAUUAUUUAGAUUUUGCUAAGGAUAUGCUCACUAAGUGCUGAGCCUGCAUAUUGAACAGUGACCAUAAAGAAGGCAGGAGAGUCUCCAUCCCCUUCUCAUCCCACCACCUGUGUUUCCCUUGGUCCUUGCACUCGCAUCUGGACUAAGGCUCUUUUUGGGAAAGGCUUAACAGUGCUGGGUUUUUUUGCCCUGCAGUGAAGGAAGGUGGGGCAUAGCAUUAUUUGUACCGUACCCAUCUGACUGUGUUGCCCCAGCUUCCUCUAACCGUCACAAAACUCUGCCUUUUCAGUGUUCCUUCCUGCAUGGGGAUCCGGCUGGUGCAGAUGCAUCCUCUGCCCAUGCCACAGCUCUGCAGACCCUCAGACUGAUGGCUUCCGAUUUCAGCCAGCUGCUUGUGGCCUUCAGCCAGGUGUAUGAGCGCCAGCUGCAACAGCAUUGUGAGCGCCCGGCUCCUGUGCUGAGCUGCCUUGGCCCCCUUGUCCAAGAGGUCCACCUUGGCCUGCAACUCUGUGUGCAGGUGAGACUGGAGGUGGGUGGCGGGUGGCAAGGAAGGAGCUCAAGGGUGAGCAGUCAGGUGCCCAUAAUAUAGGGAAGCAGUUUUUAGUUCUCAAAUGAUGCCCAAUGGCUCCGAUAUUUAGGGAAAUGGAGUGGGGUAGUAAUAAUACAAAUAGCUAAAGCAUGUCACAGUUCGUUUCCUAGCAAUCACCCCGCUGUUUCCCCAGGGCUUUUGUACCUUUCCUAGGUCUGGUGUUCAUUAAGUUACUAAGACCUGUGUCUAAGUUGUACCACUUCAGUCUGCAGGUAGGGGCUCACGUAAUGGACUGCUUUCUGCGUGAAAUUAACCCUAGAUGAGUAUGUGAGUUAGAAGGCUGGUUAGAUGAUGUUGGGGCAGGUCUUUCCUCCACCCCAACUCACCUGGAAUCUGGAACAAUAUUAGACUGUUACCAGUGAUUAGGACACCAGGCUAGUGAGAUGAUGCAGCUGAUCAGGCUCUUUGGUUUCAUCAAUGCUCCUACCUCCAGGAGUUGCAGGCUUUCCUCCAGGUUAAAGAAACUUCAGAGUGCAUCGUGAACACUGUGAAACAGAAGGAGCAGGGGAAAAGGUUUUGGAGCGGCAGUGCCAAAGCCACACUGUGUGAGUACUGUGCCCAAGAGGAGAUGGUUUAUUGGUGUAUAUCAUUAGUACUAUUGUAUAGAUAUAUAGACUGCUUCACAACAUAAAGCCACUGAAGAGGUGUACACAGUAAAAACAGAAUAAAAUGCAGAAACUCAAGCACUCUAGGAACCAUGAAGUGGAUCCAACAAGUUCUUAAUAUUUUUUUUUUAUAAUGAUUUUAUUAAGGUUUUAAACAAAGAAAAAAAGAAAAACAACACACACAAAAAACAAUACAAAACUUAACAAUAAAAACAAAACAUAACAAUUAAAAACAAACUCUCUUUUCCCCUCCAAUUUUAGAUUACUUAUUUUCUGGACUUCCUCAUACCUCCUUUUUUUGUAUUCCAAUCCACAUUAUUUGUCCAGCAGUUUCUUUUCCACUUUUUUUAAUCCCAAUCUUUAAUUUAAUAAAAUGUUAAAAUAUAUAACUUCAACUUUUUUAAACCUAAUCCUUACUCUUAAUAUCAUAUAGCUUUAAAUUUUUCCCUUUUAUUAUCAAAUUUCCAUUUCUUUAUACGUCUUUAAUCUUGAUCUUUAAUCUUAAUCUAUCCUUAACUUUAACCUAUACAGCUGGAAACCAUUUAUUUUCAAUCCAACAUCACUCUAACAUUCCUUAAUUUUGCAGUGUUUCUGAAGAUAGUCUUUGAAUUUCUUCCAGUCUUCCUCCAUCGACUCUUCUCCCUGGUCACGGAUUCUGCCAGUCAUUUCCGCCAAUUCCAUAUAGUCCAUAAGUUUCAUCUGCCAUUCCUCCAGCGUGGGAAGUUCUUGUGUCUUCCAGUACUUUGCGAUGAGUAUUCUUGCUGCUGUUGUUGCAUACAUAAAGAAAGUUCUAUCCUUUUUAACACCAUUUGGCCCACUAUGCCCAGGAGAAAGGCCUCUGGUUUCUUGGGGAAGGUAUACUUAAAUACCUUUUUAAUUCAUUAUAUAUCAUUUCCCAGAAAGCCUUAAUCUUUGGGCACGUCCACCAAAGGUGAAAAAAUGUACCUUCAGUUUCUUUACAUUUCCAACAUUUAUUAUCGGGCAAGUGAUAGAUUUUCGCAAGCUUGACUGGGGUUAUGUACCACCUGUAUAUCAUUUUCAUAAUAUUCUCUCUUAAGGCAUUACAUGCCGUAAAUUUCAUACCUGUGGUCCAUAACUGUUCCCAGUCAGCAAACAUAAUGUUAUGUCCAACGUCCUGUGCCCAUUUAAUCAUGGCCGAUUUUACCGUUUCAUCCUGAGUAUUCCAUUUCAGCAGCAAGUUAUACAUUCUUGACAAAUUCUUAGUUUUGGGUUCUAACAAUUCUAUUUCUAAUUUGGAUCUUUCCACCUGGAAGCCAAUUUUCCUGUCCAAUUUAAAUGCCUCCAUUAUCUGAUAAUAAUGAAGCCAGUCUCGCACUUUUUUAGUUUUUCAAAACUCUGCAAUUUCAGUCUAUCUCCAUCUUGUUCCAAAAUUUCCCAAUAUUUCGGCCAUUUGACCUCCAUAUUGACCUUUUUCAAGGCUUUCGCUUCCAUUGGUGACAGCCACCUUGGGGUUUUAUUUUCUAACAAAUCCUUAUAUCUUAACCAAACAUUAAAUAGCGCUUUCCUGACAAUGUGGUUUUUAAAUGCUUUAUGUGCUUUGACCUUAUCAUACCAUAAAUAUGCAUGCCAUCCAAAUACAUUAUUGAAACCUUCCAAGUCCAAAAUGUCAGUGUUUUCAAGAAGUAGCCAUUCUUUCAACCAGCAAAAGGCUGCUGAUUCAUAAUAAAGUUUAAGGUCUGGCAGGGCAAAUCCACCUCUUUCUUUUGCAUCUGUUAGUAUUUUAAAUUUUAUUCUAGGCUUCUUGCCCUGCCAGACAAAUUUAGAAAUAUCUUUCUGCCACCUCUUGAAACAAUCCAUUUUGUCCACGAUCUGCAAAGUUUGAAACAAAAACAACAUUCUAGGCAAUACAUUCAUUUUUAUCGCAGCAAUACGGCCUAGCAGUGAAAGCUUCAAAUUUGACCAAAUUUCUAAAUCUUUUUUCACUUCUGACCAACAUUUUUCAUAAUUAUCUUUAAAUAAAUUCCCAUUUUUUGCUGUCAUGUUAAUCCCCAGGUAUUUAACUUUCUUAACCACUGUUAAGCCUGUCUUAUUCUGAAACCUCUCUUUUUCAAACGGUGUUAAAUUUUUCUCUAGAACCUUGGUUUUUGACUUGUUCAAUUUAAAUCCUGCCACUUGACCAAAUUCUUGAAUCAGUUCUAAAACCCCUUUUGUACUAGAUUCUGGCUCCUGUAACGUCAAUACUAAGUCAUCUGCAAAUGCUCUCAAUUUAUAAUGUUUAAUUCCGACCUGUAUACCUUUAACCAUCUUUAACCAACAAGUUCUUAAUAUGCCUGCAUGCUUGGUUGUCCCUGCCACCCUUGGCACAGAGCCUUGCCUAUAUAGCAUUCCAGUCUUCUUCUGCAGGUGGGAAUGGCUCCCAGCUGCAGUGCUAAUAGAGAAACUCCAUUGCUGCUUAAAUCCAAGGAGAGGUCACAGUGUGGAGAUGUGAUUUGUGACUGGGAUGCUUUCUGAGCUCACGUUCCUUCCAUCCUAGUCUAAUCCUGUGAAAAAAGAUCUAACUCUUUCAGGAAGUUUGCAUUUUGGGGGAGCUAAAAAUCUACCUUUAGAGCUACGAGGAAGAAGGCUCAGGUGCCCUGUGUACUGGCCAGGUAGUGGCAUCCAGCAGUUGGGUCAGUCGGUUCCUUUAUGCCCCUUCUAAGCAUAGCCUAGCAGCUUCCAUAGCAGCAGAGGAACAACAAGAAUCGAGAGGCUGUCUGGCUCAAAAGGAAAAGGGGAGAAAGCCAAUGACUUCAGGACCCCAGUGCCUUUUGUAGUCACUACCAUAACUAGCCAGUGUUUUACUUUUCCAGCUUCAAAACUUGAAGAGUUGCAACAGAAGUACAAGGCUAUCCAUGCAGCACUCAAGAAGUGCCAACAACCCUGAGUUCUAGUCGUCUGCACAUUGUAGGAUAUUAUGGAGGAAAAGACUUGCCUGUUGCGUUCCUAAAUUUAAAUAUAUUCUUCUGUAUAUAUUCUUUUGUGAGAAUAAAGAGCAUGUUUGUA